AUGAGGGCCAUCAUUUUUGCUACGCUUUGUCUAGCGAGCAAGGUUACCGCUGCAGGUGUCACUGGGACAGCCUUUGGCAUGGCCGCGGGCACUACUGGAGGAGGAAACGCCACUCCAGCAGCUCCCUCCAACAUCGCACAACUUGAGUCGUGGCUAUCUGACGACACCCCUCGCGUCAUCCUGAUUGACAAAACCUUCGACUUUACCUCCAGCCUGGGCACCACCACCUCUGCCGGCUGCUACCAAGGCUGCGACGUCUAUCACGGCGGCCAGGACUACAUCGGCACGCUCUCGUGCUCCGGCAGCACCAUGACGGCCGUCUCGUCGAUUACAUACAACGCGGCCGGUGCCAGCCCACUGACUGUCAACAGCAACAAGUCCAUAGUCGGCGUCGGCAGCAAGGGCAUCAUCCAGGGCCGCGGGCUGCGCAUCAACGGUGCCUCCAACGUCAUAAUCCAGAACGUCCACAUCUACAACAUCAAUCCACAGUACGUCUGGGGCGGCGAUGCACUCACCAUUCAGAACGCGGACAAGGUCUGGGUCGACCACUGCAAGUUCAGCCUAAUCGGCCGCCAGAUGAUCGUAUCAGGCUGGGACGCCGCAGGCCAUGUCACCAUCUCCAACUGCGAGUUCGAUGGUCGGACGAACUGGUCCGCGACGUGCAACAACGAGCACUACUGGACUCUUCUGCUCAUCGGCGCGAAGGAUUACUACACGUUCUCGGGCAACUACCUGCAUCAUCUCUCCGGUCGCGCCCCACACUACGGGACCAGUAACAACGGCGCUACGAACGUCUUCCAUGCCGUCAAUAACUACUUUGAGGAUAUGGCCGGCCAUGCCUUCGACAUUGAGGCGAAUACCUGGUCGCUCAUCGAGGGAAAUGUCUUCAGCAAUGUAACCACCCCCAUGACCGCCGCCUCGACCACAAAGUCCAACGCCAUCUUCAGCGUGCCCUCGGGCGCCGAAUCGACCUGCACCUCGUUCAUCGGACGCGCCUGUGUGGCUAAUUCUGUCAUUGACGGCUCGGGGACUCUAACUGGUGUUAAGAAUACUGCUGCGCUGACGCAGUUGGCGGCCGCUGGGGCUAACCGCAUUCUCUCUGCCAGGGCAGUGUCCGGCGUUGCCGCGUCUGUCAAGGCCAAUGCGGGAAUUGGGAAGUUGUAA